AUGCGAGAAUCCGAUUGGAAAGUGAGUUUUUUUGCUCAAUUAUUUCAUGCUCAGCUUUCUCGAUUUUUUAUGGAUUUUUCCUGAAACUAGCAUUUUCUCGCAAUUUUUUAAAAAAUUCCCAGCCCAAAAAAUAGAAAGUGCUACAGUAAUAUUUAUUAAUUUUUUAUUGGAAUAACUCUGGAAUUUUCAGAAGCUGUUUGGUUUGGAAAUGGUCGAAACCGGAUCAAUGGUAAUUUUCGGAUGAUAUUUAUGCUGACAAACGGGAAAACGAUCGAUAAUACAGCUAGGAGUAAUGACCCUAGCUGUAUAUACAAUUUUCCAAUCGAUUUCAAAAUGUUUGUCUGCCACUAAUCGCUUCAACUCAUUUCUCAACGACUACUUCAAUGGUUUCCAACAUCGUUCUUUGGCCAACACAACCAACUUCAACUUUGCCAACGAAUUCGAAGACAUUGAAAACAACGAGAAUCAAUUUGCUGUUGAUUUGGAUGUUCGCAAUUUGAAACCAGAAGAAUUGAAUGGACACGUUUUGACUGUUGAAGCAAAUCACGAAGUGAGGGUUUUGAUCGAUACGAAGAUCCAGAAGAAGUUUCGAUUUUUCGGACAUUAGAUUCAAAAUUGAGUUUGACACCUGAUACCACGACUUGGAAUUCGAAUAUUGUCGAUUUUGCCGAUUCGAAAUUCCAAAGCUGAAGUUUUUGAUAGUUGAAAAUGCUUGCCAUCGUUCAUUAAUAUUGAUAUUGGAGCCGGAAUGUUUCACUGAAAAACGACGGAAAUUCAAAUCGUCCAUUAUUUGCAUUAUUGGAUUCUUCAACAUCCCUCGAUUUUGGAUGCGAGAACCUGAUUGAAAAGUGAGUUUUUUUGCUCAAAUUUUUUCAUGCUCAGCUUUCUCAAUUUUUUUAUGGAUUUUUCCUGAAACUACCAUUUUCUCGCAAUUUUUUAAAAAAUUCCCAGCCGAAAAAAUAGAAAGUGUGCAAACACCGUUGCGAGCUACAGUAAUAUUUAUUAAUUUUGUUUUUGUUAGAAUAAUUCUGGAAUUUUCAGAAGCUGUUUGGUUUGGAAAUGGUCGAAACCGGAUCAAUGGUAAUUUUCGGAUGAUAUUUAUGCUGACAAACGGGAAAACGAUCGAUAAUACAGCUAGGAGUAAUGACCCUAGCUGUAUAUACAAUUUUGCAAUCAAUUUUCAAAAUGUCUGCCUGUCAUACACUAAUCGCUUCAACUCAUUUCUCAACGACUACUUCAAUGGUUUCCAACAUCGUUCUUUGGCCAACACAACCAACUCCAACUUUGCCAACGAAUUCAAAGACAAACAACGAGAAUCAAUUUGCUGUUGAUUUGGAUGUUCGCAAUUUGAAACCAGAAGAAUUGAAUGUCAAUUUGAAUUUGAAGUGAAUUUACACGAAGUGAGAGUUUUGGUCGAUACGAAGAUCCAGAAGAAGUUUCGAUUUUUCGGACAUUGGAUUCAAAAUUGAGUUUGACACCUGAUACCACGACUUGGAAUUCGAAUAUUGUCGAUUUUGCCGAUUCGAAAUUCCAAAGCUGAAGUUUUUGAUAGUUGAAAAUGCUUGCCAUCGUUCAUUAAUAUUGAUAUUGGAGCCGGAAUGUUUCACUGAAAAACGACGGAAAUUCAAAUCGUCCAUUAUUUGCACUAUUGGAUUCUUCAAGAUCCCUCGAUUUUGGAUGCGAGAAUCUAAUCGAAAAGUGAGUUUUUUUGCUCAAAUUUUUUCAUGCUCAGCUUUCUCAAUUUUUUUUAUGGAUUUUUCCUGAAACUACCAUUUUCUCGCAAUUUUUUAAAAAAUUCCCAGCUGAAAAAAUAGAAAGGGUGCAAACACCGUUGCGAGCUACAGUAAUAUUUAUAAAUUUUGUUUUUGUUGGAAUAAUUCUGAAAUUUUCAGAAGCUGUUUGGUUUGGAAAUGGUCGAAACCGGAUCAAUGGUUUUUUUCGGAUGAGGUUUCUCGUGGACAACGGAAAAACGAUCGAUAA